AUGGCUUCAGCUAGUGUUAUAGAUGGAUAUAAUCAACUCUUUCCAGUUGCAUAUGGCAUACUAGAGUCAGAAAAUAUUGAAUCCUGGACAUGGUUCUUGAAUGGCUUAUAUGAGGCAAUAGGUUUGCCUAAUGGUUUGGUACUUGCAUCUGAUAGGCAGAAGGAUCUUGAAGAAGCAAUUUGCAGGGUUCAUCCAGCUGUGGAGCAUAGAGUAAGUGUGAAACACAUGUAUAAAAAAUUUAAGAAGAAAUUACGUGGAGAAAGUCUACGAAGAAGCGUUUGGGCAGCUGCAAGAUCAUAUACAAUUGGAGGUAACAAUAUAGCCAUAAAAGACAUCAAGUCAGUUAAUAUUAGAGCUUAUAACUGGCUAGCAGACUUAGGGAAGAAACCGGAGAUAUGGAGUAGAUCGCAAUUUAGUACUGCUUGCAUAUGUAAUUACAUCACAAAUAACAUCUCUGAGUCUUUCAAUGCAUGGGUUGUAGAGGCUAGGGAAAGGCCUGUUUUGAAUCUUCUUGACACAAUAAUACAGAAAAUAAUGGUGAAUAUGGACAAGAGGAGGAGAAUGGCAACAAAAUGGAAGGAUAGUAUUGUGCCACCUAUGAAGAAAUAUGUAAGCAACAUGUCCAAGGGAUUGGCAGCAUAUGAGGUGCAACGGUCAUCUGAUUCAAAGGCUGAGGUCUCUUACAGAGGACAUAGGUGUGAGGUUGUGUUGAAUGACCGAACAUGUAGUUGUACAAAAUGGCAAGUUUCUGGAAUCCCUUGUGUACAUGCGUUAGUAUUCAUCCUCAGCAUUAGAGGUGCAAAAUGGGAAGAAUAUGUUGAUUUAUAUUUUUCAUCAGAAAAAAUUAGGGUUGCCUAUAGCUUGGAGAUUGGUCCUAUGCCCGACAUCAACCAAUGGACUACUAAUAGUCAAGUGAAUGCUUUACUUCCUCCAUUGUCAAGAAGACCACCCGGUAGACCCAAGAAAAAUAGGAUAAGGGCUGCAGAUGAGAUAAAGUCUGGUAGACAUAAAUGUGCUAAAUGUGGUGGAUUUGGUCAUCAAGAAAGAUCAUGUAAAGAACCAGAAGAUUAA